AUGAGCAAAAUCCACGUUUUAGGAAUGGUCAGUUGUCGCUUGAAGAUCAACCUCGUUCAGGGCGACCCGUCGAUAUCACGUACAAAUGAAAACAUCACGAAAACCCAUGAACUGAUUUUGAAGGUUCGUCGCCGAACAAUUGAUGAACUUGUUGAUAUGAAUGGCGUACUCUGGAGCUUCUGCCAACGAACUUUGAGCGUGGAAUUGCGAAUGAAAAGAGUAGCAGCAAACUUUGUGCCUCACUUGCUCACGGAAGAUCAAAAGCGGUCACGAUUGAAUGCCUGUCGUGAAUUGAAAGAACAGUUGGAAGUUGAUCCGAACGUCUUUCUGAAGGUUACCACUACUGACGAAAGCUGA